GAUUUUCUUCUUCUGAGGGAGGGAAGAGCUACCUCUGUCAUGUCACAGACCUCUGUCGGUGUCAAGGCGGGUAGACCUAAAUAGCUUUUUCUCGAGGAAACGCUUUAUUUUGGCUUGCUGUCGGCACCAAACGUAACGUUGGACAGUGCGAAAGAAUCUCAUCAGCUUGACAGUGACGUUGUUAAACUCGCUCUGCUUUGCUAUCGAACGUUAGCUAACAUUACUCUUGACAAAGAGCCUUAUGUCUUAUGGCAGUGAAUGCACUGCGAACACAUGAAACAACGUUUCGUUAUUUUAGUUAAAUUCGUUACCGACCAAAAAGCAAUAUUUUCUUGUAUAUCUCGGAAAUAUUGACUGCUUGUCGUCUGUCGGUGUAUUUGUAGGCAAUGUGCACAAAAAAUAUGUGGUAAAGACAUAGCCUAUGGCUUUCGAAAUCAGCCAGUCUAGCUGCUAGCUGCCCAAUCCUUGGGUUUACUUAUACAUUUUGAAACCAGACUAGCCAACAAUAGUGGUUCAAAGUAUUGUAUGAUAGUUGCAGGAGCUAUGAUAAACAACGUGAUCUGUUGACAAAUAGUACGUUAAUUCAUUUUUUGUGGUUGUGUGUAGUGAGGGGAUGCUCACGAAUUUCCUUGACUGUACGGUGAAGCGUCUCCCUCAGUUAAGGUAGUGUAACAUAUACGGAAUAUUAACUAAGGACAUCUUUAUCUGUCGAUAGAAACGUUAUCAGAAUAAUAUGAUAUAGUUUUAUUGUUACUGGGAGGAGGAUUAAGUCGAUUUAUACACAAUACCCUCAGUAGUCUGCAGCGGCGGUCUAUUUGUAAACCUCUGCAGCAGCAGUUCCACCUUAAAAAUUGAUGUCAGAGCUCAUGCGGUUUGCAUUUACGUCAACAAGAUACAAAAGCUCAAACUGAAGGUGUAUUCAUUUUGCAUAUGCCCCGCACGAUUUUGAUGCUGUAUAGUCCGCCUAGAGAGAAACCGAAAACGGCCACGACCAUUUUUUCUCCGGGAGCCAAACAAAGAGAAGACGUUGGACACUCAAAGAACAUCUGUGCCCAUCCGUUGCCGAGAGUGAGGCCGAGGCCCGGGCAGCCCACGGAGAGCAGCGCCAUGAUGGAGGGGGGCAUGCAGCUGCUCAACCGCGACGGCCACAGCAUCUCGCACAACUCCAAGCGCCACUACCACGACUCGUUCGUCUCCAUGAACCGCAUGCGGCAGCGCGGCCUGCUCUGCGACAUCGUGCUGCACGUGGCCAGCAAGGAGAUCAAGGCGCACAAGGUGGUGCUGGCCUCCUGCAGCCCCUACUUCCACGCCAUGUUUACCAGUCGCCACCUGCAGAGCCUCUCCUACCCCCCUUCCUCUCCUCCCCUGCGCCUCGCACUAGAUGAUGAGAUGUCGGAGAGUCGGCAGACCCACGUCACCCUCCACGACAUCGACCCCCAGGCUCUGGAGCAGCUGGUGCAGUACGCCUACACGGCCGAGAUCGUGGUGGGGGAAGGCAACGUGCAGACGCUGCUCCCGGCCGCCAGCCUCCUGCAGCUGAACGGCGUGCGGGACGCCUGCUGCAAGUUCCUGCUGAGCCAGCUGGACCCCUCCAACUGCCUGGGCAUCCGGGGCUUCGCCGACACGCACUCCUGCAGCGACCUGCUCAAGUCCGCCCACAAGUACGUGCUGCAGCACUUCGUGGAGGUGUCCAAGACCGAGGAGUUCAUGCUGCUGCCCCUCAAACAGGUGCUGGACCUGAUCUCCAGUGACAACCUGAACGUCCCAUCGGAGGAGGAGGUGUACCGGGCAGUGCUCAGUUGGGUAAAGCACGACAUUGACAGCCGACGGCAGCACGUCCCUCGGCUGAUGAAGUGUGUGCGUCUGCCUCUGCUGACGCGGGACUUCCUGAUGAGUAAUGUGGACACGGAGCUGCUGGUGCGCCACCACUCGGAGUGCAAGGACCUGCUCAUCGAGGCGCUCAAGUACCACCUGAUGCCCGAGCAGAGGGGCGUGCUGAGCAACAGCCGCACGCGCCCGCGACGCUGCGAGGGGGCCAGCCCUGUGCUCUUCGCCGUGGGUGGGGGCAGUCUGUUCGCCAUCCACGGAGACUGCGAGGCCUACGACACCAGGACGGACCGCUGGCACAUGGUGGCGUCCAUGUCCACAAGGCGGGCACGGGUUGGCGUGGCGGCUAUCGGGAACAAGCUCUACGCGGUGGGAGGGUACGACGGAACCUCUGACUUGGCAACCGUUGAGUCAUACGAUCCAGUAACCAAUGCCUGGCAGCCGGAGGUUUCCAUGGGGACCCGGCGCAGCUGCCUGGGCGUGGCCGUGCUGCACGGCCUGCUGUACGCUGCCGGGGGUUACGACGGAGCCUCCUGCCUCAACAGCGCUGAGCGCUACGACCCUUUGACCAGCACAUGGACGUCCAUCGCUGCCAUGAGCACCCGCAGGAGAUAUGUCCGAGUGGCUACACUAGAUGGCAGUCUGUAUGCGGUUGGUGGUUAUGACAGCUCCUCCCAUCUAGCUACUGUGGAGAAGUAUGACCCUCAGAGUAACGCCUGGACUGCCAUCGCCAACAUGCUGAGUCGCCGCAGCAGCGCCGGGGUUGCGGUGCUGGAGGGGAUGCUCUACGUCGCCGGGGGCAACGACGGCACUAGCUGCCUGAACUCUGUGGAGCGCUACAACCCCAAGACCAACACGUGGGAGGGCGUGGCACCCAUGAACAUCCGCAGGAGCACACACGACCUGGUGGCCAUGGACGGCUGGCUGUACGCGGUGGGCGGCAACGACGGCAGCUCCAGCCUCAACUCCAUCGAGAAGUACAACCCGCGCAGCAACAAGUGGGUGGCGGCCUCCUGCAUGUUCACGCGGCGGAGCAGCGUCGGCGUGGCCGUGCUGGAGCUGCUCAACUUCCCGCCGCCGUCCUCGCCCACGCUCUCCGUCUCCUCCACCAGCCUCUGACAACGAGUCAAGACCCGGCUGACCGCCCCCGCGCUGCCCUGCGUGGCCAAGCAGCGCAACUGCUCCGUCUGAAGAGGCGUGGUGGUGGUGGUGGUGGUGGUGGUGGUGGUGGU